CCAGGCACUGUGCCCAUCCCCUCUGCCAUGUGGGAACUGCAGUCAGCCUCCUUCUGGAGGGCCAUAUUUGCCGAGUUCUUUGCCACCCUCUUCUACGUCUUCUUUGGGCUGGGGGCCUCGCUGCGUUGGGGCCCUGGACCCCUGCACGUCUUGCAGGUGGCUCUGGCCUUUGGCCUGGUCCUGGCUACGCUAGUGCAGGCGGUGGGCCACAUCAGUGGAGCCCAUGUCAAUCCUGCAGUCACUUUUGCCUUCCUUGUGGGCUCCCAGAUGUCCCUGCUCCGUGCCUUCUCCUAUAUGGCAGCCCAACUCCUGGGAGCUGUGGUGGGGGCUGCCAUGCUGUACAGUGUCACCCCACCUGCUGUCCGAGGAAACCUAGCGCUUAACACGUUGCACCCUGGGGUGAGUGUGGGCCAGGCCACCACGGUGGAGAUCCUCCUGACGCUGCAGUUCGUGCUCUGCAUCCUUGCCACGUACGACGAGAGGCGGAAUGGCCGCCUGGGCUCCGUGGCCCUGGCCGUUGGCUUCUCCCUCACCCUGGGGCACCUCUUUGGGAUGUAUUAUACUGGUGCAGGCAUGAACCCUGCCCGCUCCUUUGCUCCUGCCAUUCUCACCAGAAACUUCACCAACCACUGGGUGAGUGCGGGGAGAGGAGCAAGAUGCCGAGGCCCCGGAUGGGUGUGGAUUGCAGGUUCCAGGUUUGGUUCCUGCUUCCAUCUGGGUGUGCUGACUGCUCUACCAGCACUCAGCUCAACGGGCUGUCACAGAGUUUGGGGUGCCUGUGUGAGCAGGAUUCAUUAUUUUGCCAGAAAGAGAGGCUCUUGCUCAUAUUGUUCCUUCACUGGUUCGUUAGGGAAUUUUACUAAGUACCCACUGUAUUCCAAAACUAGCACCGUCAGGACAGACAACUGAACAGGAAGACAAACAUUCCUACUCUCAGAGGUCAGGAUGGGCCUGGGCCUCAUCCCCGUUCUAGCACUUUGCUAGCCUCGUGUGUGACCAUGGCAAGAACACAAUCGUUCUGCACCUCCAUCUCCUCGCUAUAAAACAAGGUGUUAUGGAACGUAAGUGUGAAAGUCAUAGCACAGAAUCAGGUCUGGAAUAAUCCUCAAUAAAAACGCAUUGCUUGUGUUGUUUGGCCAUAUGGCAGACAAAACCUGAAAAUAAUUCAAAACAUUUUCAGGCUGCUCUGUCUGUGGGGUAGCCCACUCUCUGUCUCACUGCUUCACUAAUAAAUUCUUUCACUUUAAACUCUAAUAAUUUCUUUCAAAGCUGUAUACCCAUUUUCACAGCCACAUUAUUCACAGUAACCAGAAGGUAGAAGCAACCCAAGUGUCCCUUACAGAUGAAUGAAAAAACAAAAUUUAGUAUAUACGUAUAAUGGCAUAGUAUUCAGCCUUACAAGAGAAGGAAAUCCUGUUAUAUGCUGCAACAUGGAUGAACCUUAGGGACAUUAUGCUUAAUGAAAUAAGCCAGUUACAAAAAGACAAAUACUUUAUAAUUGCACCCAUAUGUGGUAUUUCCAGUAGUAGAAUUCAUUGAAAUAAAGCAAAAUGAUAGCUGA